AUGGGGCUUGAUGAAGCAGCAGGCGACACAGAAGUACCUAGCAGCAGCAGCAGCAGCAGCAGCAGCAGCAGCAGCAGCAGCAGCAGCAGCAAGGGUAUGUUUGUGUUGGUGGAUGUACGCUCGCCGGAGAGGUUCUGGGGUUUAGCUGCUGAGCCCCGCGAGGGUUUAUACGGCGGCCACAUUCCUUUGUCUCUGAACCUGCCCUUCACUUCUCUGCUGCAGCCGCAUGCAUUCUUCCCCAGCAGCAGCAGCAGCAGCAGCAGCAGCAGCAGCAGCAGCAGCGGGGGGGGGCCCACGAGUUAUCUCUGCCCGUUCAGUACAUCAGCAGCAGCACCGCCAUUUGGGUUUACUACCCUCAAGGGGGGCCCCUCUCUGCUGCUGGCUCUGGGGCCCCUCCUCAGCCGCGCCAAUGUUAAGGGGAUAGGGUACCCACUAUCACUGCUCUCCGUCUACGACGGGUCCUGGGCUGAGUGGGCCCAGCGGCGGCAAAUGGAGGCCCCCCUGGGGGGCCCCCAUGGGGCCCCCUACCCCACGCUUGUGCUGCCCCCGCCGACGCAGCAGCAGCAGGAGGCCCUUCGCGCAGCAGUGAAGGCGAGGCAGGUAAAGGAAAAGACAGCUUGA